UUUACGUAUGCAUAACGUAUGCAUGCUGUGCAUGCUGCGAGUUGCAACCAACUAAAACCGACGAAACGCCCGGUGCUUGAAGCACUUGAAGCGGCUGCGUGCAAUUGGUACAAGUUUGCCCCGUGUGCUGUCGACUGCCUGUGAGAGGAGAUGGCGAACGCUGAAGCGGCUCCGCUGCUAAGAAAUGUAUCCAGUGGAAGUUACUCGUCAGUCUAUCCUUCAGCUCCAUCUGGAGGAGACUCCCCACCUCCGUCAUAUGACGACGUCAGUUUUAUGCCAUCCAGAGUAAAGGCAUGUGAUGUUUGCAGCUACCAGAUUAACAUAGUAAAGCAUCCCAACGACUAUGUUGUUACAUGCCCUCGCUGCAAUGAAUUAACAGCUUUAGGCAACCCUCCAAAAGGGAAAAGGUACAUACGGUGUGGUUGCAACAAGCUUUUGCAGUGUGUUAAAAGUGCAACCAGCGUAACAUGCUCAAGACCUGGCUGUGGUGCAGUCAUAAAGCCUGAAGAUAAUUCAGGAGCAAAAGCAAAGACACAGCGGCCAGCAAGACGUGGCAGAGAAGAACAUACAGAACCACCACAUACUGAGCCUUCAUACCGCUUCAUUUGUGGCCAUUGUGAGAGUGUUUCAGUGGUUGACACAGCACCAUCAUCUCGUUUUCGCUGCAGACAUUGUGGAAAAUGGUCUUCAGUUAAUCGCUCCAGUAAGAAGGCUGUUUUAUCAAUUUCUGUUGGAGCAUUUCUUAACGCAUGUGUGAUGAUUCUCAUGGUAUUUACCAUGAUGCUGAAGCACAAUUCGGGCUAUUGGUGGGCAUACCUAUUGGGACUUGCUUUGGCUGAGGUCUUCAUUUUAUACGGCCUUUGGCUGCUCUUCCUGAAGAAAAGCACGGUUGAAGUGCGAUAACAAGCAGGCCUGCUUCACUGACCAUACAAGGAGCAUCUCAAGAAUAGUUGUCUUCGUAAUACCCAUCACUGACGUAGCUACUGCACUGCACUGCAGUGUAUUCAAGAUAUUUAUUGUUAGUGUUGAAUAAGGACACAAAUAAAGUUUCAUAUUUGCUUUUAC